AUGUCGCUGUUCCAUCGCAACCUCCGCUCCAUGGAGCCGAGUCACUUAACAAUCCAGACCUACUCCAGCUUUGAUUUCGGUCUUUCCACGGAGCUGGCCUUUGUUGUGGAGCCCAGCGAUGACAUAGCCGUCCAAGAGAAGCCCCUGAUACUCUACUGCCAGGUGGAAGGAAUCCAGCCCAUCGCCAUCACGUGGAGGAAGAACGGGGCGAUGGUUGUGGACAGUGAGAACACCUUCAUGCUGGCCAACGGGUCGCUCUACGUCUCCCACUUCCAGAAGCUCCGGGGGGAUGGCUCGUCUGACGAGGGAGAGUACGACUGCAUGGCUCAGAACCGCUACGGCCUGGUGGUUAGCCGGAAGGCCAGGAUUCAGGCAGCAACUAUGUCUGACUUCCACAUUCACCCACAGAAUGCAGUUGUGGAAGAAGGAGGUAUUGCACGGUUCCAGUGUCAGAUCCAUGGGUUACCAGAGCCUGUAAUCUUGUGGCAAAAGAAUCGUGUCCCCAUCAGUACAGAUAACAAAAGGUACACGCUGCUUCCAAAGGGAGUCCUGCAGAUCACUGGGCUGAGAGCUGAAGACAGUGGGAUUUUUCACUGUGUUGCUACAAAUAUUGCGAAUGUGAAAUUCAGCCGGGAAGCCAGACUCACCGUGUCAGGCUCCCGCUCGACUGCUUACAAGGAUCCCAUGAUUCUUGUUGGCCCGGAAAACCUCACCCUGACUGUGCACCAGACUGCUAUCCUGGAAUGUGUUGCCACUGGAAACCCAAGGCCAAUUGUGUCCUGGAGUCGACUAGAUGGCCGCCCGAUCGGUGUGGAAGGGAUUCAGGUGCUUGGGACAGGAAAUCUCAUGAUUUCUGACCUCACUGUGCAGCAUUCGGGGAUAUAUGUGUGUGCAGCAAAUAAACCUGGCACCAGGGUGCGGAGAACGGCCCAGGGAAGGCUGGUUGUACAAGCCCCUGCCGAGUUUGUGCAGCAUCCUCAGUCCAUUUCCAGGCCGGUGGGGACCACUGCCAUCUUCACAUGCUUGGCGCAAGGCGAACCCCCGCCUCAGAUCACCUGGCUGAAGAACGGGCAGAUCUUGGAACCUGGUGAUCAUGUUAAACUGAAGAAUAACAACAGCACACUCACCAUUUACGGGAUCAGCCAGAUGGACGAAGCCAUCUACCAGUGCAUUGCGGAGAACAGUGCCGGCUCCACUCAGGCCAGCGCCCGCCUGACUGUGCUAUGGGCCGAGGGGCUGCCAGGCCCUCCCCAGAAUGUGAAAGCUGAGACCGUCUCUGCGACCACCAUCCAGGUGUCCUGGAGCGAGCCUCUGCAGAAUACCAAGGAGAUCAUCGGCUAUGUGCUGCACAUAAGGAAGGCUGCAGAUCCGGUGGAGAUGGAGUACCAGGAGGCCGUGAGCAAAAGCACCUUCCAGCAGCUCGUGACUGACUUGGAGCCCUCAACCAGUUACAGCUUCUACAUCAAGGCGUACACCUCCCGGGGAGCUAGCAAAGCCUCUGAUGCCAUGGUGGUGAGCACGCUGGGAGAAGUCCCAGCGAUGCCUUCCCUCUUCAUUAAAGUUAUUAACAGCACCGCUGUCCAAGCCACCUGGGAGCCUUCCAUCAAGCUGGGCCAACAUGAAGGGUUCAAGCUCUACUACCGUAAAGUUCACCUCUCCCAGUAUACUGGGCCAACAUUACUGCCCAGCAAUGUUACGUCUUACAACAUUACUCACUUAGACCCAUCGGUGGUGUACGAAGUCAAACUCCUUGCAUAUAACCAGCACGGGGAUGGAAAUUCCACGGUUCGCUUUGUGUCCCUCCGAGAAACGGUGGAGAGGACAGUGCUGAAUCCCCCAUGCGACUGCCUAAAAGAUGAGCAGAGCAAUAAGACAUCCACCACUGGCAUCAUCAUUGGGAUCCACAUCGGCGUCACAUGCAUUAUAUUCUGCGUCCUCUUCCUCAUGUUCGGGUACAGAGGAAGACUGCUGAUGUGCAAAAAUGUCCAGGAGCAGCUGUCGACUCCACAGAUCCCAAGGAGCCAGAGGAAUGCCACAGGCCUGGUGCUGAAUGGAGCAGCUCGGAGGGACAGGGAUGAUCUGGACCUGAACAGAAAGCAGCUGGAUAUGAAUGAACUGGAAAGGCUGUUUCCUGCGUUGCCUUUGCAAGAGCAGCAGGAUAAGGGAAUUAUGCCGGAUCACGUCCCACCUACCUCACAUGAUGAGACCCAGAUAUCGACGCUUCCACUGGAUGAGUUCAGCAUCAUAGAAGAGCAGCUGGACCCCCCAUCCAAAAGCCGGGCUCCUGAUGACCAUGGUGGACCACCACCCCACUUCAGCCAAGAGGCCCCGGCUUCGAACCACAGUCCCAGCAAUGAAGGAUAAUUGCCAAGUCUUUCAGCUUCUUGUAGGAAUCACCAGGAACCAUUUCCAUGUCUGGUGAUGUCUUUACAAUGAUUCGUCAAUCUCAGGUCAAAUUUAAGAUUUCUAUGGUCUGAUUUUUUUAUUGUUUUGUUUUGUUUUAUUAUACACACACACACGCACAC